AUGCCCUUGUCUGUGCCCGUCGCAACGCGUUCUAUUGAUCUGCCAUCGGUCGGCAGAAACAACUAUCAACCAUUUGGGUUUCGAGAAGAAGUCUUGCCCAAAGGAUGGAGCCAAAACGGAUCGCGUCCACUACCUUGUGAUAUUCAUGCCUCGCACGACGUCGAAAUCAAAGUCCGUGAUGGUUCCAAAUUAUACUGUGAUGUCUACCGACCGGCCAAUUCAACAGAGCCCGUGGCUGCAAUCCUAGCCUGGAGUCCAUUCGGAAAGAAGUACAAUGGUAUUACCAUGCUGAAGAAUCUUCCAUGGAAUCUUGGAAUCCCGGAUGGAGUUUUGAGCGGCCUAGAGAAGUUUGAAGGGCCGGAUCCUGCCGAAUUUGUUCCUCGUGGAUUCGCUAUAGUGAAUGUCGACGCUCGGGGUGCCGGAGAUUCGGAAGGAAAUGUUGGAAUCAUGGGGACACAGGAGGCUGAGGAUGGAUACGAUGUGAUCGAGGAAAUUGCCAAGAUGCCCUGGUGUAAUGGGAAUGUUGGCUUAGCUGGUAACUCGCACUUGGCUAUCGUCCAGUGGUUCAUUGCUGCAUUGCAACCACCAUCCCUUAAAGCUAUUGCUCCAUGGGAGGCCUGUGGCGACCUUUACAGAGAGCAAUUCGUCCGAGGCGGCAUAUUCGACGCCGGCUUAUUUGACUUCAUCAUCGACCACAAUAUUCAGGGUCACGGGGGCGUGGAGGACUUUCACGAGAUGUAUCGCAGAUUUCCUCGAGCCGAUUCGCUCUAUUGGAAGGAUAAGCGCGCAGACAUCUCAAAAAUUCAAAUUCCAGCAUACAUCACAGCAUCAUAUACCAGCUUUGUGCACACUAUGGGAUCUAUACGGGGAUGGCGCCAGGUUGCAACCUCUGAGAAAUGGCUUCGUCUGUGCCCGUGGCAGGAAUGGUAUGAUAUCUGGAACUGCAAAGACUCAGCCGAUGAACUUGCAAGAUUUUUUGAUCGCUACUUAAACAGCAAGCAAAAUGGAUGGGAGGCCACACCCAAAGUUCGCACCACGAUCCUUCGGUUCAAUCAGGAUCCCUUGUACAAUAUCGCCGAGGCCGACUACCCGAUUCCGCGCACUGAUUACAAGAAAAUGUACUUCCUCGACGACGGUCGUCUGGGCUUCGAAAGUCCCUCGUCCACCACAUCGAUUUCCUACCAAGCAGAAAAAUACCAAGACUGUGCCGCAUUCACCUACAAGUUCUCCACAAAGACACGACUGGCAGGUAUUCCAAAGGCUGUCCUGUUCAUGUCUUGCCCGGACUUCCACGAUAUGGAUGUCUACGUGUUGCUCCGCAAGCUAGACGCGCAAGGGAAGGCCCUGCUAAACCUCAACAUCCCCUGGUCAAGUAUUGCCCAGCAUGGGGUCACCCCAGAUACACUCGACAAGGUACCUCGGCGUAACAUGAAUAAUCUCAUGUUCCAUGUUGGAUCGCUGGGAAUCUUGCGAGCGUCGCGUCGGGCAAUCGAUGAGGCGAAGUCAAUUCACGAAAAUUAUCCCUUCCAUCCCCACGACCGCGACGAGUAUAUUGUCCCAGGGGAGAUUGUUCGAUUGGAUAUCGGGAUAUGGGCGAUGGGGGUAGAGUACGAGGCUGGCGAGAGUAUCCAGGUCGAGAUCCAUGGCAACAGUCCAUUGCUUCGUGGAGAGUUCAAGGAUGACAAUGAAUUUUCGGACACUGCAUCGCAUGGGAAACAUAUUGUUCAUUUCGGAGGGGAUUAUCCUUCACAUGUUGUAUUGCCUUUUGUUUAA